CCACCAUUAUAGCCUGAAAGGUUUGUUAACCUUGGAAUCGAGCCUCCCAAAGGAGUACUUUUGUUUGGGCCACCUGGCACAGGCAAAACUCUCUGUGCCCGUGCUGUUGCUAACAGGACUGAUGCCUGCUUCAUCAGAGUAAUUGGAUCUGAAUUGGUGCAGAAGUAUGUGGGGGAGGGAGCUCGAAUGGUUCGUGAACUCUUUGAAAUGGCCAGAACUAAAAAAGCUUGUCUGAUAUUCUUUGAUGAAAUUGAUGCCAUUGGAGGUGCUCGUUUUGAUGAUGGGGCUGGGGGUGACAAUGAAGUGCAACGAACUAUGCUGGAGCUGAUCAACCAGUUGGAUGGUUUUGACCCACGAGGCAACAUCAAAGUGCUGAUGGCUACAAACAGACCUGAUACUCUGGAUCCAGCCCUGAUGAGGCCUGGCAGGUUGGAUAGGAAGAUAGAGUUUAGCUUACCUGAUCUUGAGGGGCGAACUCACAUAUUCAAGAUCCAUGCUCGUUCGAUGAGUGUGGAGAGAGACAUAAGAUUUGAGCUGUUGGCUCGACUCUGUCCUAAUAGCACAGGUGCUGAGAUCCGCAGUGUCUGCACGGAGGCCGGCAUGUUUGCUAUCCGCGCACGUCGCAAAAUCGCAACAGAGAAAGACUUCCUGGAAGCAGUGAACAAAGUCAUUAAAUCGUACGCGAAAUUCAGUGCUACCCCCCGCUACAUGACCUACAACUAAUAUCUCACUGUGUUUUUCCUGUUCCUGUUGCUAAACUUUCUGUGAAACAAAAAUCCAAGCGUAGUAAUCCAUGUCUUGUUCUUGGAAGCUAGAAAUAAAUGGAGAUUCCAAACA